AUGUCGAACUACGAAUACCCACGUCUUGGUCGAUCAGAAAUAAUCCUAACCCUCUCCCAAUUCGAAAUCGAAACCGUCGCCGAUCACCAAAUCUCCAACCCUAGACCCAACUUCAUUCUACAUCUCUACAACCGCAUCCUCAACCACCUUGAUUUUCUACUUGAUGAAGACAAUCAUCAACUUGAUUUCAAUGCAGUUGAGCAUCUCGAAAAUCCUGAUCUUCACGUUGGAUCGGUUCCUGUUAUCAAGGUGUAUAAUAAGAUCAAGGAAAUGCUUAAUACUCUUGAAUGUCCUAAGAAAUACACGUUUAACUUGGCUGAUCUUGUUAAGCCUGAUCCUCAUCGUACCGAGUUCUUUCUCGGUGCUCUUCUCAAUUUCUGUCUGGACAGAGCUGGGAGAAUGAAUUCCAUAGAAAAAUAUGUAGAUGAAUUCAACGCCUUGGAACAGAAGAUAGUGGAGAUUAAGGAGAAUAAGAUUACGCAGUUGAAACUGGCGAUUGCUGAAUCCUUUGAAGCGAGAGAAAGGGAGAUGCCAUUUGUUCAGGAGGUGGAUGCAAAAGUUAAAGAGCUGCGUCAAACUAUUCCAAACCUGAACAACAAACAGAUGUCGUUGACGACUAAUUUAAAGAAGUUGAAGGAGGAGAAUGUGGAAAUGGAUGAAAAGAUUUCUGAUGCUGAAUAUAGACUGAUCCAAAAUGUUCAAGAGAAUGCAAAUUUACGUUCGAAAAUUGCUCAAUCACCUGAUAAAGUACAUAGGGCUUUAGAGGAAAAGAAAUUAGCUCGAGACGUGGCAAGAAAUUCUGAAAGAUUAGCCAUGCACAAUUUCCACGAGAAGACUGCCCUCGUUGAAGUAUUUUCCAAGGUAUACAAAAAAAUGUCAAAGCACAACAAACAAGUGCAGGCUAUGCAAGAACAGGCCAAUUCUGCUAAAUCAAUUGAAAAGGAUCACAGAGCAUUAAAAGCUAAGGUGGAUGCCGCAAAUAGUAGAAUUACCUCAGAAAAAGAAUCUGCAACAGCUAAAUUGGAUCAGUUAGAUAGUAAAGGGACCGAGUUAGUCGAAGAGUUUCAUAAGGAUGCUAACUCGUUCGCACGUGUGAUUGAAUCCUGGCGAAAGAGUUCGACCAUUAAAAGAGCUAGAUUUGACAAUUUGGAUUCUGUUUAA